ACAGAGACAGAGCUGCAACGCUAAACACCGUCAGCUCUUGCUUUAGUUGCCGGAUGUCUUAAGGAUCCAUUGAUGUUUAUUCAUUAGCAGCGGCGGCAGUCUCGUAAUGGAGAACCAACAUCGACAUCUCAUCUGCUCAGCUCCUUAAAGGACUCAUGAGAGCCAUAAAGGCAAAAUCUCGUAUUCUGUGCUGACUGCAGACCUCUUCCCCUCCAUCAUCUAAUAAUGGAUGAUACAGCUCAACAAGACACAUCUUCCCUCAUGAAGGGGGCCAGAGACAUUGCUAAGGUGGCCAAAAGACAAGCCGCUAAGAAAGUCAACAAAGUUGUGGACCAUGCCUCAAACGAGUACUCCCACAGUCGCGCCUACCAACGCUUCCAGGAUGAAGAUGAUGACUACUAUAGCCAGCCGGAUGGGAACUACACAGGCCACAACGCCAAUGAUGAAGAGGGAUCCAGCGACGCCACUGAGGGUCAUGAUGAUGAGGAUGAGAUAUAUGAAGGGGAGUACCAGGGGAUCCCCUCGGAUGCAAAGCCCAGGGAUGGGCAGGUGGCUUUAGGAAAGCCGCUGGCGGAUGGCCUGAAGGACCGGCGAGAGCUGGAGAAUGAGAGGCAGGCAGACGAGGAGGAAUUGGCCCAGCAGUACGAGCUCAUCAUACAGGAGUGUGGACAUGGCAGGUUUCAGUGGCAGCUGUUCUUCACGCUGGGGCUGGCGCUCAUGUCGGAUGGUGUGGAGGUCUUCGUGGUGGGCUUCGUUCUCCCUAGCGCAGAGACGGAUAUGUGUGCGCCUGACUCGAGCUCUGGCUGGCUAGGCAGCAUUGUGUAUCUGGGAAUGAUGGUAGGGGCCUUCUUCUGGGGCGGCUUGGCCGACAAGUUGGGCAGACGGCAGUGUCUGCUCCUUUGUAUGUCCAUAAAUGGGUUCUUCGCCUUCCUAUCAUCUUUUGUGCAGGGCUAUGGCGUCUUCUUGCUUUGUCGCACGAUAGCUGGCCUAGGGAUUGGUGGAGCGGUGCCCAUCGUCUUCUCAUACUUUGCUGAGGUGUUGGCAAGAGAGAAGCGUGGAGAACAUCUGAGCUGGCUUUGCAUGUUCUGGAUGAUAGGGGAGAUUUAUGCCUCUGCCAUGGCCUGGGCCAUCAUACCUCACUACGGCUGGAGUUUCAGUAUGGGCUCAGCUUAUCAGUUCCACAGCUGGAGGGUGUUUGUGGUGGUGUGCGCUCUUCCCUGCCUCUGUGCCGUGGUGGCUUUAAUGUUCAUGCCGGAGAGCCCGAGGUUCUACUUGGAGGUGGGAAAGCACGACGAGGCCUGGAUGAUCCUCAAGCAGAUUCAUGACACAAACAUGCGAGCGCGUGGACAGCCCGAGAAAGUCUUUACCGUGAACAGAAUUAAGAUCCCAAAGCAUAUUGAUGAGUUUGUCGAGAUGCAAAAUGAAUCCGGCAACUCUUUCUCAAAAGCGAUCUUCAGAAUAAAGACUGAGCUUCAUGGGAUUUGGUUGAACUUCUUGAAGUGUUUUAAUUAUCCACUGAAAGACAUUACAGUGAAACUUGCUAUUGUGUGGCUUACAUUGUCAUUUGGGUAUUAUGGUUUAUCUGUGUGGUUCCCUGACGUCAUCAAGCACCUUCAGGCUGAUGAAUACGCCUCCAAAGUACAAAGGCAUAACAGCGAACGCAUUGAAGACUUCACCUUCAAUUUCACCCUCGAGAACCAGAUACACACUAAUAGCUUAUUUAUAAAUGACAGGUUCUUAAGUAUGAAAUUCAAGUCCGUCACUUUCAUCAAUUCCACCUUUCAAAACUGCUUUUUUAAGCAUGUGACAUCGGUGGGAUCUUUCUUUCGAGACUGCACAUUUAUUGAUGCUGUCUUCUACAACACUGAUAUUGACGAUUCCAAACUGAUAAACACAGACGUCAUAAACGGCACAUUUUACCACAACAAAACAGGCUGUCAAAUGACGUUUGAGGAUGAUUAUAGUGCAUACUGGGUCUACUUUGUCAAUUUCUUGGGAACACUGGCUGUUCUGCCUGGCAACAUUGUGUCUGCACUUCUCAUGGACAAAAUUGGCCGCUUGUCUAUGUUAGGGUUUUCCAUGAUCCUGUCUGGUAUCAGCUGUUUCUUCCUGUGGUUUGGCACCAGUGAGUCAAUGAUGAUUGGGAUGUUGUGCCUAUACAACGGGCUGAGUAUCUCUGCCUGGAACUCCCUGGACGUUGUGACAGUAGAGCUGUUCCCUACGGACAGAAGAGGAACUGGAUUUGGCUUCUGUAAUGCCUUGUGCAAGCUAGCUGCCGCGAUGGGAAAUCUGAUUUUUGGAUCUUUAGUUGGCAUCACCAAAGCUAUCCCUAUUCUUAUGGCCUCCUCAGUGCUUGUUGGCGGAGGUUUGGUGGGAUUGCGACUACCUGACACCAGGUCUAAUGUCCUCAUGUAACCCUUGUAUCAGAGGUCUGGAGAAACUCAAAAGGCUUGACUUAACCCUCAUUAAUCAUCACGGUACAUUGCGUACUUACAUAAAUGCAUAUACUGUUUCAGUGGUGUUUCUAUAUAGUCUGCUGAAUGUUGGUGGCUCAAAACAAGAUCCUUUUCAAUUAGUCAUCAAACAGUGGGUAAAUAUUUUGACAAUCUUUACACUUUCCUUUUUGCAAUAACACAACUUGUGCACCUACAUACUGUACGGUUGAUUCGACCAAAAACCCUUGUGUUUCCUUGUGGCUUUUCAAGGGUUUGUAACGGCCUAGGAAUGGACGUGAGCAUAAAUAUUAAUGUCCCCUUAUUAAGACUUGAGCAAAACAAGCUAUUAAUGAGCCGUCCAAACCUGCUGCAAAUAUGCAGAGAUGAUGAUCAGAUAUGCCGAGAGCUCGGCGGCACAGCUGCAUCACAGCUGGCUGACUGAACCCAGAGAGUUACUGAAGAGAUGAGAGACUGAGACUGGUCUACUGGUAAACAACUCUUUAUUCAGUGCCUAGUUUCAGAAUUUGACUUUACAUACUGAAAACAUUAUUGGACUAGGGUUUGCUAUUAGAACAAUUUCAUUGAGUAUUCAUUUUUGGGGGUGUUAUUUUUAACUAUUAUCAUCAGUAUUUUUAUAAUCACGCCUUUUGCAAUGUACUCCAACCUCUGAUGAAAAGGCCACACAUGUGCACUGUACUCUCAUGCUUUAAGUACAUGUAUAAUAUUCCCUUUAGCCAGAUUUAUGAAAAUCCAAAAUCUUAUUUUGUGCUCUGCAGAUACUUACAAGUGGAGUAUAUUUUGCUCUUAAGCUUUAUAUUGUAAGCAACAAAGUCCAUUUUAUUUCAUGUACAACAGACACGUGUUACUGUAUCUGACUUGUUCUGCCACUUUGUGAUUUGUCUAACAGCGAAUGGCCUUUUGAAACUGUGCCUCUCCUACAUACGAUCAUUAUCACAUAUGAACAUGAGGUAGCUGCUGUAAUUGAUAUCAGAAUGUUUCUGCCGCU